AGAAUAGUUAAAUUUAUAAAUACUAAAAGGAUUAGAGGAUUAACCUUUAGGGAGGGAAAUAUACUAAAUAUUAAAAUAAAUAGACUAAGUGAUAAACUUAAUUUUAAGAAACUUAGACUUUAUAAAAUUACGAAGAAAAUUAGACUUAUUAAUUAUAAAAUAAAUCUUCCACUUACCCUAGGGAAAUAA